AAAACCCCAGAAAAUAAAAAUAAAUUUUUCUCUUUCUGUAUCCAAGAAUAAGAAAAGAACAAAGACAAGAAAUGAAUAGAUGGACCCGUGAACAGAAUGAAAUCCGAAUGAAAUUACAUCUAGUUUCCCCUGGAAGUCAACUGUGAAGCACUAAGCAGGUGGAGAGACUUGUGGUGGUCCUCUAGGGCCUGAGCUUGGUUGGCGCAGUUGGACGGGGCUUGGCGUAACAGCUGUUCUCCACUAGAUGGUGCUGCUUAGCUUACUGAGGUGGAUUGGUGUGGUGCACGUGCAGAAAAAGCCACAAAUGAGUACAACACUACAGAAGAUUGGAGUCUUAUUAUGGACAUAUGUGACAAAGUUGGGAGCACUCCUAACGGAGCAAAAGAUUGCCUAAAAGCCAUAAUGAAAAGGGUAAAUCAUAAGGUUCCUCAUGUUGCUCUGCAGGCGUUAACUCUUCUUGGGGCUUGUGUGGCAAACUGUGGAAAGAUAUUUCAUUUAGAAGUAUGUUCCCGUGAUUUUGCAACAGAAGUACGUGCUGUGAUAAAAAAUAAGGCUCAUCCUAAAGUGUGUGAAAAACUGAAAUCUUUAAUGGUGGAGUGGUCAGAAGAAUUUCAGAAGGAUCCUCAGUUUAGUCUAAUAUCUGCAACUAUUAAAUCUAUGAAAGAAGAAGGAAUUACUUUUCCUCCAGCAGGUUCUCAGACUGUCUCAGCUGCUGCCAAGAAUGGUACAUCAUCGAACAAAAACAAAGAAGAUGAAGACAUAGCUAAAGCUAUUGAAUUAUCAUUACAAGAGCAGAAGCAGCAGCACACAGAAACAAAAUCCUUAUAUCCAUCUGCAGAAAUUCAGUUAAAUAAUAAAGUUGCAAGGAAAGUGAGAGCUUUAUACGAUUUUGAAGCCGUUGAGGACAAUGAACUUACUUUUAAACACGGUGAAAUUAUUAUUGUUUUGGAUGACAGUGAUGCCAAUUGGUGGAAAGGAGAAAAUCACAGAGGAACAGGACUCUUCCCAUCUAAUUUUGUAACAACUAAUUUAAACAUAGAGUCUGAGGCAGCAGCUGUGGACAAAUUGAAUGUAAUUGAUGAGGAGGAGGAGGAAAUUAAGAAAUCAGAGCCUGAGCCUGUUUAUAUAGAUGAGGAUAAGAUGGAUAGAGCCCUGCAGGUACUCCAGAGUAUAGAUCCAACAGAUUCAAAACCAGACUCCCAAGACCUCUUGGAUUUAGAAGAUAUCUGCCAACAGAUGGGUCCAAUGAUAGAUGAAAAACUUGAAGAGAUUGAUCGGAAGCAUUCAGAAUUGUCUGAAUUGAAUGUAAAAGUCUUGGAAGCCCUGGAACUAUAUAACAGGUUGGUGAAUGAAGCACCAGUAUAUCCAGUCUAUUCAAAGCUCCAUCCUCCAGCACAUUACCCACCUUCAUCAGCUGGGGUUCCAAUGCAGACAUACCCAGUUCAAUCGCAUGGUGGAAACUAUAUGGGUCAAAGCCUUCACCAAGUCACUGUGGCCCAAAGCUACAGCCUAGGACCAGAUCAGAUUGGUCCACUGAGAUCUCUGCCUCCAAAUGUAAAUUCCUCAGUGACAACACAGCCUGCACAGACUCCAUAUUUAAGCACUGGACAAGACACUGUUUCCAACCCUACUUACAUGAACCAGAACUCUAACCUUCAAUCAGCUGCUGGUACAGCUGCUUACACACAGCAGAUGGGGAUGUCUGUGGAUAUGUCAUCGUACCGGAACGCUACUUCCAAUUUGCCGCAACUGGCAGGCUUUCCGGUGGCGGCUCCCGCUCAUUCAGUUGCACAGCAGCAAACAAAUUACCAUCAGCAGCCUCUUCUUUAGAACAAAGCAAGCAUUUUCUCCAAAGCCUUCAUAUGUGUAUUACUUGACCCCAGUGAUUCAAAUCUGAAAAUAUUUAAAAAAUAGUUUUUCUCAACUCAAAAGAACCAUGAAUAAGUAAAGCACAAAAACUUACCUUACUCUGCUAGGCCAUGAAAGGAUUUUUUCAGCCCAAUUUGUUUGAAGUCAACUUUUGAUGAGAGGCAGCUUCAGGUAGCUUCCAGUUAAUCCUGUCUUCCUUUCAGAUCUCUCUACACAAAUCUGGACACCCAAUCAGUAGCCUUAUGACACUAAACAGCAGGAGAUAAAAUUUUACUUUAAAGAAACCAUUAAUCCUUAAAAUGUCAUGAUAAUUGGGAGCGCACGCAAACCUUUGAAUAUUUUUUUGUCUGCAUGUUUUUUCAGUAUUCCCCACAAACCAUUAUUUUAAAAGGCAAACUUCCUUUUGGGUGAGCAUUUAGCUUGCCAACAUAUUUCCCUUGGCUCCUUAAAUUGCGGUUGUGUUUGCAGUCCUGUCAGUUUUGCUCUCCGGUUAUGUUGAGUAAUAAUUAGCAUAUAAUUGUCGACAGAAGCAAGAGCAGUUUGGAAGGAACAAAGAUGUUUUCUGUAGUUAACAGUGAAGACCAUAUAAAUGCAGAUAUAUGAUAAAGCAUUUAGCUAGUCCCCAGUCCUGCCAGCAGUGAGCUAAGGAAUGCCCCAUUCCUGCAGAUAAACAUUUCUUUUCUAACAAGGCUCCCUUGUACUUAGAAUUGCCACUAGUGAUCUUUUAAAGUGACGUUGGCCAUCCUCUAAUAAGUGUGCUGUGUGCAGAGAUGCUGCAUUUUCUUUUACGGAUUACAUGUGAAUUUGAGCCAUGAGACAUUCCUAGUAAUUUGAUGUGAUAUAUCCCAAGCAUGAAUAAUAAGUGUUUUUAUUGCUGUGUUGUUUCUUUAAAGAGGCAAUUCAGUACCAUUGCUAUGCCAGGCUGUUGAAAAAUUUGGCCAUUCCUUUCAGAGAUAAUUCUGAGCCUGUGGGAUAAUAGCAGGCAAUAGAUUGAUAGGGAAGCUAUCAAGACAGUUUUUUCUGAAGCCUACAUUUUAUAAAUUAGUGUUAUAGUGCUAAUAGAUUCCACAUACUGUAGGAGUAGGUAGUAAACCAGUAGGGAAUGUUUUCUCCUAAAAAUUCAUACACUACUGCAUCAUCUACCACUUUUUAGACAAUGAAUAGAAGAUGGUGAAUACAUAUGCUUACAGGUACUUGGUACUUAGACUGGGAAAACAAGGACAGAAGUGGUUACUUGCCUGGAAGCAAGAUUCUAAUUGUUUUUUAAAGAAAGCCCUUAAUCUUUCUGCCAAGGAUCCAUUUGAAGACAGUGUGCUGGAAAUUUUUAUCAUUUAUCUAUUUACAGAAAUUUAAUGAUAAGUAUGUUCUUUUUUCAAAGAAACUGUCCGAAAAUAAAAGUCUACAUACUACUUGGUCUACAUUUAAAGGAAAAAACAAGCAGUAUUUGAAAGCCUAAUUUCUGUCAUUGUCUCAUUUCAGAUAGAAGUAGCUGAAAAGUUUUAACCUUGAGUAUGUCACGUUCUUUUUUUCAUCCAGUAUUUUCUUCCAUGUGAAUUCGUUUAUACACUUACAAAAAACUUCUAAAAUGGCACCUUAUUUUUUGGAAACGAAACUUCUAUUCUUUAAAGAAAAAACAUAAAAAGCAUUUACGAAGCUGCUCUUGAUAAUAGUUCAUGUUUGCAUAUAUAUCGAAAAUCUUAACGUUUUUUCCUCCCAAACAGUAUUUAAUAAAGUUAUUUUAAUGUUUCUGUAAAUAUUUCAUGUAUAAUUGUGUUCUGAAUUGUAAAAGCUUAAUUCCGCUUAAGUCUUUGAACUAGGGGAAAUAUGGCACACCCACUAAAUUGGGAUCAGCCAAUUAAGUUCACCAAAUGUAGUUUUGGAAUAACAUAACAGGUGACAUGUAUAUAAAUACUGUAUAUUGGCAUUUAUCUGAAAUUUUAUACAUCCAGAAGUUUCUCUCCUCUUAAAUUAAAAACAAUUUAUUUUGGCCAUACUGUAAUGAAUUUUGUGUUGCAGGUUGUUGAUAGUAUAAAAUGUUACUAAUCUGUGUACUAAGAUGAUAUUUUUUGGUGUUAAUAGGAAUAACAGGGUUAUUUUUCUUUCUUUUCCAUGAUCUUAUGGGUUAUAUUUAUUUAAGAUCUCUUUAUAAUUAAAUGUUUUCUGCCAAGGAAUUGUCUAAUACCAGAUUUCUACAUUGGGUUCAUACUUGCUGUUUUAUAAAAAAAUAAAAACAACUUCUGCAUUUUCAUAUGAAAUCUUGGUACAUUAGAAAAAAUUUCUGAAAAUUUAUAAUAAAAUCACUUUUCAUCAAUGUAGAAUUUCCCUUGGGUGUUAAAAUAUAUGGAGUGGUGGGAUAUAUAAAUAGUUUGGAAAAUGUACGGUCUACCAACAUUGUCUUGUAAUUUGGUAAUUUACAAAAUUACCUGAAUAUUAAAUAUUACAAUAUUAUCAAUUAGGAUUUUAAAUUAUUUGCAGAUACAUUGUCAUCUGAUUCUAUUCAAGUAGUUGAUAAGUUGACCACAUAACAAAUUUCACUACAUUUUGAAGAUGAUUAUAAAGUUUCACCUUCCAAAAUUUUUAAAAAUUUAUUUUGAAUAUUAAAAAUAUUAUGGCUUAGAUCUUUUAAAAAGUUUUCAUUGUAAAAAUCAUAAGUGUCUGGUCUCUUGACUUCUAGGAGAGGAUUUAUUGAACUGUUAUGAGAAAGCUCAAGUUAUUUUUGUAAGUAAUAAAUUAUAAAUAAUAGAGCACCAACCUA